AGCAGCCGAGAUGCAGGGCACCCAACGUGGAGCAUCAUCCCCUGAGGAGAUGGCUGGGUCCCUGUUUUGCAGGCCUGGCAGGACCUGGGAGCCGCCACCAUGGACAGUAGCUGGGGAUUAUCCCCGUCUCCCUGCUGGGUGCGACAGGGCAGGGCUGGCUGGUCUCUGGCCUCACUCACUGUGUCAUUGAACUCUGAGCUCAACUUCAUUGCCUCCCGCCAGGCCGGCCGCUCCUCGGGCCCGGGCCGCGCGGCGCAGCAGGCGGCGCGGCGCUGCCGACUCGCCUUCGACUCGCUGCUGCGCAAGAUCCAAGGGCUGCCGGCUGCUCUCCCCAGCCUUUCUCUGGAGCUUACUGUUCUCUACAACUCCCUGCUCUUUGCUGUUAGUGAGUCGGAUGGCCUCGUCGAGGGAGAAGCAGAAAGAAUCAACCAUGGGCUCAUUAGGGUGCUGGAGGCUUGCGGGGUGUCUGGGCAGGAUCUCAGCACUGAGGAGCUCUGGCAGAAAGUGCUGCAGGAUGUGACCACGGAAGAGCUGUGUGCACCUCUGCAUCGACUAGGUGCUCUGCAGGGGGCGGUAUGGCUGGCAGCAAACUGCCUGGGGAGCGUCACUGGUCUCUUCCGGCUCCUGAGUGACACCAAGGACCCUCUGCCUUCUGCCCAUGGGGGUGAGAAUGAGCUCCUUGCACUUCUCAAGGCAUGGAGUGUGCCUGUUGAGGGAGACACGUCGCCCCUCGUGGUGCAGAGCACCAAGGACUUGAAAGAGAUACUGUGGACCUCGGCUGCCUUCCUCCAAGGUUUGCAGGGCCUGGAGGCUGGAAAUCUCCCCACAGCUCUCUCCCUGCUCCAGGCAGCCACAUCUGGGUUCUGCUCCAAGAGGGUCCUGGCCCAGAUCUACACCUCCAUCGGCUGCUGCACUCAGCAAAUGGGCAAGCCUCAGACGGCUCUUCAGCACUUGAAGCGGGCGUUGCAGGUGGAUUUCCAGUGCCUCUCUGCCCUGUCCCAGGCGGCGCUGGUGUACCGCCAGCUGGGGGAGACGGACGCAGAGUUGGAGGCCCUGGCUCUGCUGUACAAGGCUCUGGAAACCCCUGCUCAGGAGACUGUCUCCAUCGAUCCUUGCUUUCUAAUCCGAACGGAGCUCCUUGUUCACACCCCGGCCCUGGCAUCCCUGUUCAGCCGCAGCCACCCAUCGGAAGUGAAGUACCUGCUGGCGCAGCGAUGCCUCCAGGCUGGCAGGGUGGCUGAGGCAGUGGAGCAUUACCUGGAUCUUCUGGCUCUGCUGCAGGAGGGGCCGCAGCACCAGGUGCCCCUGCACGGCAGGUCAGCUCUGCCCAGGAUCCCGGAGGUGUUCCUGGAAGCUGCGUCUGCCCUCGAGCAGCUUGGGAGGCACCAGGACGCCAUAGCUGUGUGUGAGGAGAUCAUCAGUCGAACAGAUGACCUGAUCCCAGAGACGCUGCGGAUCGAAUUGGACUCCAGUGCUGGAGGGGAGGCGCCAGGUAGGGCAGGCUCCCCUUCACCUGGCAUCCCGCCCCAGCAGAGAGAGAGCCUGCGCUGCAUCGUGUGGAGGGCGGCUGCGUAUCUGCACCAGGGCUGGGCUUGGACCAGGCUGGGGGAGAGCAAGGAAGCCAUAACACGGUUUACCAGGUGCCUUAAUGUCCUCCUGAGAGUCCAGCUCGUGAGCGCAGCCAGCAUCCAUAGCAGUGAGGAGAUGGCAGAGGCCCUGCCAGAGGCAAAGGUGCUCCAGAAGAUCAGGUUGCUGGCUCUCCUCGGACGAGGCUCCCAGUUCCAGGAGCUGGGUCGGGACAAAGAAGCUUUGAUGAAUUUCCAGCACAGUUUGCAAGUUUGCCCAGGUGACCCUGCUGCCACCUCUCACCUGCUGCGAACUUUAUGGAAGCUGAACCGAAGGCAGGAAGCUGCUGCUCUCUGGCAGAAGUUGCACGCGGAUGCUGCCCCGGCAGACGGACAGCAGGAAGCACCGGGGAGGUGUGUAAGGUGCUUGGUGGCUGCGGCUAUUACUAGGCCUAGGCACGAGCUCCAGAGCUGCCAGGUUGAGGCCCUACCCAUUGUACCUGGUGUCAUGUCUAAAGCAGGUGAACCUCCCACACGACGAAUCUCUUGCUAGGAGUCUGCAGGACUAUCUGAGGACCAGUGGCCAGGAUCCUUAGAGCCAUCCCCAUCUCCCUCCCACUGCUAAAAUCUCCUUCCCUGCUGAGGGCAACCGGACAGCAUUAUGCUCUGACGGCUUUCCCAGGACUCCGACUUGCCCUUGGGCAGAAGAACUCUUCCUAGCCAAAGCCCUGAAGCACAAUGAAGCUAUUUUUUUGUAAUAAAAAGGACAUGGGAGUAGGCCACGCCCCAGUGUGUUCGGCUUAUGCACACUCUUCUCACCCUUGCCUGGACUGUGUACGUUAAGAGUGAAGCAUUGUGUGCUGCAGGGCGCUUGCCCCAGCGCUGUCAGGAAUGGCAUGAGCCUCCUGUCUUUGUGUCCCCUCGCCGAGGAGAGUGGGGCUGCCUGCGUGCUGGAUCCAUUGGGCCAUGCCUACCGUAGAAGCACAGGUGUGUGUUUUAACACGUUAUCACCUAGUAUAGACAGGGCAAGCUGCAGUUCUAACCCCUGUUCCCUGCUGACCUGGCGCUGGAGCCAGUACUAAACAUGGGCGUUCCUGGCUCCAGGGACCGAGCUUCCCCACUGCCUUUCUGUCUGAGCCGCAGCAGCUUCCCCCAACUAUGCUGCACCCAGGGGCUGCAGCAGGGAGCAGUUCUCAGGGUGAAGGCAGCUUAGAAAUGUCACAGCGGAGAGAGGCAGGGGCAGGGCAGGGUACACAUGUUCUCUUCAGUGAAUGUCACAACGGAGGUGGGAGCUUGUGGACCAGGGAGGCCAUGGCUGUGCUGGCUGGAUUGUCAGGCCAGGGCAGGAGGGGAUCUGCUCAGGUAUGGCUCUGCAUCAGCACAUGAUGGGCCUGGGCUGUGGGGAGAACAGGGAUCAGACCUAGCUGCCCUGAGGUGCUCUAAGGGGGCGAGGGGAAGAGUUUUUUGCAUGGAGGAGAGGAUCGGCUGCAUGUGUAAUCACAAGGCAGGUGCGCUGGGAACUGCAGGGCUCUCUGUGCUUGGUGGGCUGAUUUCCAGUGUGGGGCAGGAGCUUUCCCUGGGGCUGGCCAUACAGGGUCUGUGUGGGGAGCUGCAGAGGGGAUCUCUGCUCAAUGGGUUGGGAAGUCACAGGGCUGGGGGAGGGUGCCUCUAGCUGCAGGGUCUGAGUCUCUUGAGUCAGGGGGUCUCUGGGAGGGAGUGUGCAGCCUGUCCAAUCAGGAGGGAAGCGCAUAGGCUCCUAGCCAAUCAGAGUCAGGGGCUGCAGCUUCAUGACCUCCUGUGGUGUGAGGGGGGCAGAGGGGGUAGGUGUGUGACCAUAGCGUGGGGGCUGGUCUGGCUGGCCAGUCUGCCCCAAGCAUGGGCCGGGGCACAGUUGUGAGAAGCAAUGGCAGUUGGGCCACUGAUUGAGCCUCUAAAGAAUGGGGUGACACCCCCAGGGAGAGAGCUAGGGGGCGGGGGCUGCCCUUUGGGGGACCCUUCAUAGAGUGAGGGAGUUGAGACACCCCCUCUCCCUAUGCGGGUGACCCUCCUAGAUUGAGGUGCCUCUGGGACAUAUUCUCCCUCUAUGCACAUAGGGUGAGACUGAUUGGGGAGAUUCACCCCCCCAACACACACAGGUUUCUGGGGCUAGUCCCCGGUACUGUCCCUGUGCCCCUGUUUUUUCAACUCUUUGUCUUGUCUAAUUUAUAAGUGAGUAACAUUUCUCGUGUUUUUAAGGGCAAAGACACAAUCUCCAGUAGCUGUAAGUGUUCUCCUAGAAACGUUUUGCUUCUCUACCAAAGAAGAAUACAGAGAGGGACAGGGAAGUAAUGAAUCAGUUCAUUAAUCUGAAGAGAACAAACCUAUAGAAGGCUAAAACUGACACCCCGAGUAACUGAUAGAACAGCAACUGUCUAUCAAUGAGAACUGCAGUAGAGUUCCAUCAGUCCACCCCUGAAAUGGAGCUGAAAGGCGGUGGGAGGAAAUCGUUUUUCCCAAAGUGUAAUUUGUGUGCGGAACUCUCUGCCACAGGCAAUCAGCAAGGCUCAGAACUUGGUAAGCUUCAAGGAGCGACGGUGCAGAGCAGGCAGGCGCUCAGUUCCCAGGGCCUCAUCCGGUGCUGCAGGGAAGGCUGGGGUUUGGCCUUAGGAGGGGGCAGCUCUGGGUCGGCUCUGCAGGGGGCUGCAAACCUGCAACUUGGCUCGCUGAGCCCCUCCCAGCUUGGCUGGCCCCCCAGUCCCAUUCCUCUCCCCAGGGGCUGGGUGGCUCAGGUGCUUGCUAAGGUAGGAAGGUGAACAAUGGAGGAUGCUGGGAGUUCUCCCUGCACAGAUGGGGGGGUCUCUGGGGGGAGGGCACGGUGUCCCUGUCUGCGUAGGGCUUUUAUAGGUUCUCGGGCCAAAAGGGACCCCUGAGGCCACCUGGUCUGACUUCUUGUAUAACACAAGCCCCUCAGACUCCCAUGAAUUAAUUAAUUGCUGUUUGAACUAGAGCAAAUCUUUUAGGGAAACAUCCUCACUUGAUUUGUAAAUGGCCAGUGAUAGAGCAUCUGCCACACCCCUGGGUAAACUGCUCUCAGGGUUAAUUACCGUCACUGUUAAAAUUUUACACUUUAUUCCCAAUCUGAAUCUGUCUAAGCAGCAUGUGCACAGGCCAGGCACUUCCACCUUAGGUGUCCUGUCUCUGGCCUGCUCUGCUCUCCCUAGGGCCAUGCUUCCUCUCUCCCUCAGGUGCUGGGAUCUGCCUGGGGAGCCUUCCUGCUGCAGCAGAGCCCUCAGGGCUCAGGCAGUGCUGAACAGCUCCUCCAGGCCAGCGGCGAGCCAGCAUGGCCAUGGGGUGCUGACACGAUGAGGGCUGUGUGUCUCUAGGGCACGGUGUGUGCUGGGCCAGUGCUGCCCGUGCUGCCAACAUGGUGAGGCUGUUCCACCAUGGGAAGGGAAACAGGCUGUUCCAGUGCCCAUCCCUCCCAUGCUGAUAGGUUAUUGGAGGGCUCCAUAACAAUCCCUGUCCCCAGCCGGCUGCAUGAAUAAUCUGUCUUCUCCUGCUGGCCUUACGGGCUCUGGAGAGCAGCAGGGGCUGAAUUUGACUGCUGCUAACAGAGACCCAAGCAGGGCCUGGCAGACUUGUUCCAGAACAGUGGUGGGUAGAUGGCACGGCACAGCACGGCACCCAGGCUGCUGUUAGGACGGCUCAUUCCCCUGGUUGCCUGCCUGCAUUUUUGGCAUAGGGUAAAGGUUUAACCUGUUGCUUGGCUGGUGCAAUAGGAGAUAAGCAUUAAUCUCCUUUGUGCUAUUAUAGGGGGGUUAACACAACAUAAGCUUUUAAAGUCCAUGUCACUGAUGGCGACGUUGCUCAGGGUGGGGCCUGUGGCAUGUGUUGGACACGCCCCUGGUCUGACAUUGUGGGAUGCCUGUGCAUGUCAGGGCUGGGAGCUGAAGGGAGAUACCAUUAGGAUCUAGCACCCAGAGGCUCCAGUCAGAGUCAGGACCUCUUGCUGGGCACUGCACGAAGAUGGAGGCGGACAGUGGGAGGAAAGAAUGGGGGCUGUGCCACUGUUAGAUGAGAUUAGGCGUGGGGCUGUGCUGGGGCUAGAUGGUAACAGCCGGAUCCGGGGAGGUUCCAGUUAGCUUUACGCAAGCGUGAGGCAGGGCCAGCGUUGCUGUGGGUCCACACCAGCUGUAUGUGGUAGCAUCAAGCACUGCGCUGAGCUGGCGUGUGCACACAGGGACUUUGCUGCCCUCUCCUGACCACAUGGCGGAACGUCAGCGCAGCGUCCACUGCCCAGGGCACAGACUGCAGCAGGUGGCUGGCGACCUGGGUGCUUGUUUAUAUCCAGUUAGCUGAGAGCUGGGUUCCAGCUGAUCCUGUGCCCGCACAAGAGCCAAGCCAACAGCUCCUGUGCCUGUCUCUGCCUUUGGGUGGGACAGGCCUCAGGCUCUGGGAUGAUGUGGCUCUGCUGCUCUGCCCUGGGAAGGGAGCAACAGCAGCCCUUGAUCAUCGUUGAUUUCUGCCCGUGCCCAGAGCUAUGCGCCUCCCAUAAUGCGGGCUAGGAGCUGACCCCCUAAAGGGGCCUGAAGCCGUGGGGUGGGGUGGGCUGGGGGACUGAUGCCAGCAGGAUGGCGAGAGCCAGGAGGUGCCCUUUGGCUUUGUGACUAAAUGAAUGGCUCAGAUGGGGAAUUCUCUGUUGGCAAGGCAGCAGAUAUGAGCAUUAAGGAUGCUCUUGCCAUGGCAGGGGUGGGGGCGGCAGAUCAGCACAACCCUCUCCAUGCUGCUACUGGCCAGUAACGUCCCUGGAUGUCACUUUUUGCCCUGCCACUGGCAGGCUUCAGUUACUGGUGAUGUCAGUGACGCCCCCUCAGCUCCCUGUGCCCCGGCUUGGGGAGUUGCAGUCACAAAGGCAGAGUGGCUGUGUUUCCCAGAGGUGGGGCUGACAGAAUCAGCAUUUGUUAGCUGCAGGAAUAGCAAGUGUACACUGCACGUUGGCUGGCACAGCUCCACCAGUCCGGGUGCGAUUGGCCUAACAGAGCUGUGCUGGCAAAGGACUCUAGUGCCAGUGCUGUUGUAGGGGCAAUACUGCACUCUUGUCGGGUUUGUUACAUCUGCACUCGGGUACUCCGCUGGACUGGUAACCCAGUAUAGCCACCCUGGCAAAGCACUCCUGGUGCAGAUCUGGUCUGAGAGUGAACAUGGCAGAACGUGCCGUUCAGUACUGACGCUCAUUGGAUCAGUCUCCCCAUCACUGGCAUUGAUCCAUUUCCUCUCCUCCCAAAAGGAAGGGCCCUCCUCCUGCCACAGUCACUGUAAUGCAAUGCUAAACGGUAUUACACUGUUCAGCCACUAGGGCGGGGUGCUGGAACGAGUUUUGUAGAGGGGCUGCUGAGAGCCAUAAACUGUAGACCCUGUAUAUAAUGGAAACCACUUCAAGCCAGGGGGUACUGCAGAAUUGAGGGGUGUGUUACCCCAGAAUUUUAUCAAGCUAAUUGCAGCUAUAUUGUUGCAUUCAACCACCAUGAAUUAGUAAAAUAGAACACCACAUAGUUAAGACAAGCAGGACUUCUGGAGGCAAGGUCAAAUAUUAGCUGCAGGCUGGCAGGCUCUGCUAAUGGGAGGGGGGGAGAAAAGAGUCAACAAUUGGAGACUGACAGAAAAUAAGUGGAUGGAGACCUUGAGUUUGGGUGCCCUUAAUAUAAAAGCUUAUUAUAGCUCAGAUUGUUAGGAAUGUUUUGUUAAGUAGUUGACUGAAGGUAGGAGAGGUGAUGGCCCAGUAGGGGGUCACUACCAGCUGUGUGUUUUGUAAAAAUUAGUUACAAAAAGACUAGAUAAGAGUGGCAGGGAAGUGACCGGCCAUUGCUGACCUGCUGCUGAUUACUUGAUACCAUCUCAGAUUUUAGGUAAUUAUUUGGGAUGUUCUAAACCUAUUGCUUAUGUCUGUGUGUGCUUAAAUCUAAUAAAUAGUAGUUUUAGAUAAGA